AUGAUUUCCUUUCAGACCUUUGCAGUUUAUUGUUUUAUUGUCUCAGACUUAUUUGGCAUUCAUGCAAGUGAAACGUGUCAGACCGCCUGGUUUGACGACGGAGAUGUUUCAGGAGACGGUGACUCUGAGCUCUUGGCUGACUUGAGAAGGAAGCAUGAGGAUAGGAUCUGCUCCGACCCGGUGGACAUGAAGGCCCAGACGGUUGCCGGUAUCAAGUCAGAGUACACAAGGAACGUCUUCCACACCCACAGUGCAUCAGAGGGCCUUUCGUGCCUCAACGCAGAGCAAGAGCCAGAGAGGCCAUGUGCAGAUUAUAAGGUCCAGUUCACCUGUGCAGGAGACUUCUGCUCAUCGUGCCGGACGGGCUGGCUUAAUCACGACAACCCGGAAGGAAAUGGAGAUUUUGAGAAUCUCCGCGACCUCCUCCAGAAGUACCCCGGACAGAUAUGCCGUCAUCCAAUUGCCAUCGAAGUUCAGACAGUCUCAGGAGACUCCGCCUUCAGCACAUCUGAGACAUUUUUGAGCCUGGACACCACAUAUGGGUUUGCUUGUGUGAAUGCAGAUCAGAAAGAUGGGAGCUGUGAAGAUUACAAGGUUAGGUUUACAUGUCCUGAAGAGUUCUGUCAAGUGGCACAGGAGUGUCGCACGCAGUGGUUCAAUUCCGAUAACCCAUCAGAACACGGCGAUGUGGAGUCCAUACCCCGGCUCCUGAACUCCUACCCCGGGCAGGUCUGCAAAAACCCUACCCGAAUCGAGGCCAGGACAACAAGUGGACUGCCUUCCCAGCUCACUGCGGACAUCUUCCUUGCCCAUGACGUUACUUUUGGCUUGGUAUGCAUCAACAAACAACAGCAGAGUAAACAAUGUGAGGAUUAUGAAGUCAUGCUGACAUGUCCAGCAGAUUUCUGUCACAUUUGCAGGACUCGCUGGUUCGACCUCGACGAUCCCACCAGGGAGGGUGACUUUGAGACCCUCUUCAGGCUGCAGCGGGUACAUACUAAGGAAGUCUGCCCUCAGCCUGUGGCAGUGGAGGCCAUGACGGUGUCUGGCAUCCCAGCACUCCAGACAGGCGACGUCUUUCAAAUGUAUGACGCCACAGUGGGUUUUGCGUGUGUGAAUCACGGGCAGCCCGGUGGGAGACAAUGUCAGGACUACAAGGUCCGAUUCACCUGCCCGCCAUCCUUCUGCUCUGUGUGAAGCAGUGGUCGUGCAUCUUUAAUAUUACAUGUAUGAAACAUCAUUGUGAUGCUUACAGAUCCUCAGCCGUUUGAUUGUAGCAAUGUGGGACUUCUCUGAGCUUUAAAUGUGUUUUUUUUUUUGCAUGGAGUUCUAAUGUUUGUGUCUGUGCAGCAGUUUACACACGUGACAUGACUUCAACGGCUGUUUGACUUGAAAUGCAUGAUGCAUGUAAAACCAUGUAUUACUCCCCCAAUAGCAAGUAGU